AUGAACUCCACCUCCACCCUCUUCCUGAACUCUUCCUCUCAUGGACCUCCUCCAUGGUUCCAGUUCUCCGUUUGCUCCGUGGCUCCGUACGGAUUCAUCUUCUACUUCGGGGUGAAGGUGUUCAACCUGUUGGUGGGAACGCCCUGCAACGUGCUGGUUCUCUGGCAGAUCGCCUCCAGGAAGAACGACGCCUGCACCUCGGACAUCUUCAUCUUCAACCUGGCCGUCAUGGACGCCUUCUUCUGCCUCAUGACGCCCAUCGAGAUGGUGAACCGGCUGCUGCUGGACGACCAGCGCAUCUGGUACUUCCAGAGGUUUGCAUACGGGAUCAAAGACGUGGCGCCGCUGUUUCUGGUGUGUAUCUGCAUGGACCGCUACAUGGCCGUGGUCCAUCCCAUCCUCUUCACUGGAAACCGGGACAAUAAGAUCCGUUUUGGGAUUUCGGCGGUGGUUUGGGGUCUGAUCCUCGCCUACGCCCUCACCAAGAGCAUCCUGGGGGUCAUGAGCGUGAACGAGCUCUUCAGCGGACUCAUCCUCUUCUCCUUCGCCCUCAUGGUGUUCUGCAACCUCUCCGUGAUCUGGGCUCUGCGGCGCUGCGUGGCCGGGAAGGAGGAGAUGCACCCGGUGAAGAGGAAGGCCUUCAAGAUGGUGCUCAUCAUCCUCGCAAUCAUCGUCUCCAACUACCUGCCGCCCGUCGCUCUCAUGCCCUUCGUGUCCUACUACAGCUUCGUGGCGUUCAGGUGCCAGAUCAGCAUCAGCGUGUUCUCCAUCAUGGACCUGAGCUGCAGCAUCGAACCGCUCCUCUACAUCACCAAGAUGGACCGGGGGGACGCACGCUGCUGCGGACGCUGCUUCCACCGGAGGAAGAAGGAGGAGGAUGGGAAGGUGUGA